AGGUGUCUCGUCUCAGGUGCCUGUCCAGUGCAGACCUUCAACACUGGGUUUUCACUUGACUUCGUAUUCUUUUCCUGUUCUACUCAAAUAGGCUUGCCUAAACUAUUUGGUUUAGUAUAUAUUUUUUGCUUUCUAAAACAUUAACCAUGUCUUUUUCAGACGAGUCAAAACUUUGAAUUGUUGUCUGCUUAAGAGAAGCCAGCUGGAUGAAAACGAUGCGUGAGGUAUCAAUUUAUGCCUGUUGAAUAGGCACACUUGGAGAGGAGGGUAGGCCUAUGUUUUUCCGUCACCGUUGGUUACUGUGAGUGACGGGGUAAAGAUGUCUGUGAUGGAAAACAUAAAGAAAGAAAGAGGACAAUUGAUUAUAUCGAUUCGCCGUCUUACCAGGAUAAACUACAACUGUACAAGCUGAGGGUAGUCGUUAUUUAUCAACUAAACUCAUGAUCGUGUAUGGAGUAUGGCAGGUGUUCACAUAUGACAGCAAAUUAUAGUGACUAGUUAGUUGAUCAUUCUCUUGUGAAAUAAAACGGGGGUCUAAUCGAGAACUUCUGAUUGUCAAGAGUUCCCAUCCCUCUUCAACACUAUGGACGUCGUCGACUACAGAAGCGAGUUAAGGAUGUCAGCCAGAGAAGUCAAAGCCUUCCUAGACGCGGACAGAUUCACGGGUGUCGGGGACGGGAUUCAGGGUGAUGUUGAAUAUAGAUUUGUGGAUGUCCUGCUAUUUGGUGGGGCACCUUGGGGGUUCACUCUGAGAGGGGGUCUGGAGCACCGAGAACCACUGCUCAUAACCAAGGUGGAGGAGGGCAGCAAGGCGGCGACCGUCAGCCUGCAGGUGGGAGAUGAGAUCGUCAACAUCAACACAGUUCCCAUCAGUGGAUCCAGACAGGAGGCCAUCUGUCUGGUCAAAAGCUCCCACAAGACCCUCGCCCUGGUCGUCAGAAGGAGGAAUGAAUCAGUCUCCCGGCCCCAUUCAUGGCACUCCUCCAAGUUCACAGAAGACCACCCCGAACCCACAGAGAGUCACAACGAGCCUCCACCUGUGUGGCAGGUCAAACAUGAAGUCAGUGCAUCCACAAAAGACCUUUCCAGCUGCGCGGACCACGACUCGAAUCUACGCCAGUUAUCUAGCCAGUUCAGCUCCGUGGGGAAUAUGGAGAGAGUAGAGCGUCCCUCACACCCCUACCCACCAGGAUGCCUCUCCCCCAGCAGGUACCACCACAGCGCUGAGCCUCUCUCUGGGGGUGGAGUGUCUGGUGGGAAGAGCGAAUCAGCCUUCAGCUGCCUGUCCUCUACCAGCCCUCCCUCGGAGCCUGCUCUGGCCCUCACCAACACUGCGGCGACUGAGGGCAGCGUGUUCUAUAAGGGGGUCCAGACUCAGACCAGUGAGGUCGGAAGGCAGGGUGAGCAGCGCCACAGCCGGUACCUCCAGCUGCCCCAGGGGGACGGAGGCUCCGAGAGCCCCAGGAUAGUCCCAGAGGAGCAGCCUGGCUCCCGCUACUCCAGCUCAGGCUCUGGCAGAUCACACACAGGCCCUGUGUGGCACGUCCCAGAGAGGAGGAAGGUAGCAGCCCCCCCCUCUCCUCCACCUCCUCCCCUGCGCAAUGACAGCUUUGCUGCCACCAAGGUGUACCCUGCCUACACAGAGGGGCCUGGAGCUCCACCACAGGCCCUAGAGAACAGCAGCUACAGAGCCCGGGGCAACCAUAUCUCUCACAAUGAGAAUGGGCCAGACCCCAGGUGCAGUUACAACCCUCCACCUCACAAGAAAGACUUCCUCCACCCAAACAUAGCUGCAGGAGCACCUGACUACAACCACAACCAGCUCAGCAACCCAAACAAACUGUUCUCGCUGUCUAGCCAAGACGUGAGACAGAGUCAGUCUCCCUUCACUUGCCUGCCCAACCACCAGCGGCAGUACAGCGACGAAAGCACUUUCUACCUGCAGACCAGAUCCGCCCCACAUCCACCGAAGCCGCAGAGCGUCGGAAGCUACUACCACAGCCUCCAGGAGCUCCCUACCAACCGGAGUAACAGUAGGAACCACGUGAGGUCCUCCACCACAUCCCUGUCCACCUCGACCAUCGACCAGAACUAUGACGGCGGAGGACACAUCAGGUACUACUGCAUCACAACCAAGCAGCCAGGCCAGCCAGAGACUCGUGUUAGACCGAGCAAAUCAGAGGUCUGGAUGGCUGACAUGGAGCUAGCUAAGGGCUCAAAUGACAGGGGCUCCACAAGUUCCUCCCACAAGACCAACAAGGUCAAGUAUCAUCCUCAGCCGCCUUACGCCAACAGCAAGGAGCGGAACGGAAAUGUCAAAGCGGCCAACGUUCUGCUUUACGAACACACAGCCUCCAAUUCCUCAUCUGGUAAACCUACCACUGAGGAGAGGGAGAGGAGGAGUGAGGGCCAGAGACCUUCAGAGGCCCAGCUUAGAAGCUCUUACUCUCCCAGUCCGCCCAAGGACCACAAGGCGGCACCGCUGAGAGAAGACCCGUGGGUCUCUCAGGAGAACCAUAAGAUCUUUUCUCAAAAGACACCCAUGCUCCACAGUCUGGCUCAGGGCAGUAGAAGCCUAGCCCAGGAGAUUAGGAGCCCAAUGCUUCAAUCUCUAGCCCAGGAGAGUAGGAGCCCAAUGCUUCAAUCUCUAGCCCAGGAGAGUAGGAGCCCAAUGCUUCAUUCUCUAGCCCAGGAGAGUAGGAGCCCAAUGCUUCAUUCUCUAGCCCAGGAGAGUAGGACCCCAAUGCUUCAUUCUCUAGCCCAGGAGAGUAGGAUCCUGGUGGAGAAGAUUCACUCUGCUACGGCACCACUGCCACCAUCCAACGGCGCGGGAGACACCAACCACACCAUACAGGAGGCUUUAACAAACAACACGGCAACGGGCAAACUGGCGAGACGCAGCGACCGAUACGCCACCACCCUCCGCAAUGAGAUCCAGCUAAAGAGGGCCCAGCUGCAGAAAAGCCGGAGCGCUGCCACCCUGACCUGCCCCAGGGAGACUGAGGAGCCAGAGGAGGAGGCAGACCCAGGGGGGUGGAAGUCCACCUCCUCCGAUGGCUCCUUUUCCUCCUCCUACAAGGACCACCUCAAGGAGGCUCAGGCUAGGGUCCUCCAGGCCACGUCCUUUAGGAGGAGAGACCUAGAACCUCCCGGGUCAGGGUCGGAGGCUCAGUUAACCAAACCCAACUCACACAUAGUCUCCCGCAUUGGCAGCCGCAAGCGUUUCCCUCUGAAUAAGAGGGUCCACUCGUUCUCCGAGCCAGACAAGAUCAACAAGCUGGGAGUGGAGGGUGAGGGAGAACGUCCCGUUGGAACAGCACAGCCGUUUGUAGAUCGACGGGAGAUCUUUGAAAUGGCUGCUAAACCUGCCUUCUGCAGACCCAUCUCAACCAUCCACAAGUCAGGCCAGCAGAGCUCCAGCACCACCUCCAGCACUUUGGAGCACGGAGAGGGCAAGGCCAGAGGGAGAGCCCACUCAGGAGAAACUCAGGAGAAACACCCAGAUCCCCUCAGCCCCGCAGGCAGACAGGCCCUACUGGAGCAGCAGAGGCUGGGGACCUUCACCGAGUACCAGGUCACCUGGAAUAUGCAGAGGAAGGCUUCAGACACAAAGACCCAGGGGAGGUACCACUCUGCUGAUGACAUCCUGGACCAGGGAACAGAGGAGACACCUGUCUGUGUCCAUGAGAGGUCCAGAUCGUCUCCCUCACAAGACUUCUACACACAGAAGAUCCCUGUGCCAUGGAGAGAGACUGUUGAAAUUCUGGACCAUAGACAGGACCAGCAAGGAGGCAGUUACACCACCAGAGGGCCGAGCGAGAGCCAAGAGCAGCCAGCCCAGCUACACCACUUCCCACAGCCUCCACAACAGUCUAUUCCGAGACUGACCGACACAGAGCCACACAGCAGCAGAGACGUGGCCGCCCCCGCCCCCCUCCCUCUCCCUCACCCCUCUGACCACAGAUACAAAUGUGACUCUGCGGACCCCGGCCACAACCUCUCCGCGUACCCUUCCAACCACACCCACAGCUCUGUGUACCCUUCCAACCACACCCACAGCUCCGCGUACCCUUCCAACCACACCCACAGCUCUGUGUCUGAGCAACCACUACCACCUCCAACGGUGGCUCCCAAGCUCCAGAAUACAGGCCUCAUCAUGCCACAGUGGCCUCUCCUAGGCCUGGAACCCCCCCCAGCCACAUCCUCCACCUACGGACUGUCUCCCCAGGAAUUCCUGCCUGGCCCUUACACCCAUCAGGCUGAACCAUCAUCCAGCAGCAGCUGCUCCUCCCAUGGCCCAGAGCUGGAUCCUGCCCCAAACCAAGCCUGCUCCUUGGGCUCCACCCAGCUCCCCUCUCCCUCCCCUGGGACAACCGCUGGACUGGGCACGGAGGAGGGAGCAGCUGAUUCAACACUAGAGCCGCCACCCUCCCCCUCUCCCCACUCUCCUUUAUUCUCCUACCAGCCUGCCAGUCUGACGGUUCCCUCCUCAGGUGGGACUAGUUCUCCCUCUCCUCAGUUUGCUCCACAGAGGUUGACGGACCAGCCCCCUGUCUCUGUGUCUGUGCAGGAUGAAACCCAGAGCAGGCCAGAGAACAGGACCAACACUGUGAUGGAGAUGAGCAGUGUAGGGAAGAAGGUCCCUGUGAAGAUCGUCCAUGCUGAGAGCACCACCGAGAGGGAGAGCCGCCAGUACCUGCUGCACAGCGAGAGAAAUGGGGCCCCUGGAGUUUCAGAGGGGCCCGACUUUCCCCCGCCCUUACCGACCAGCCUGCCCUCCCCUGAGCCGCAGCCCUACUCCCUGUUCCGUGCCUACACCCCCUACACACGCCGUGGGCCCCAGAGUCCCCCCAGGGACCCAACCCUCCCUGUAGCCCCAGAAGAGGCCCUGUCCCCUGGGCGGUCUCAGACCAACGGCCCCUCCGGUACUGCCGUCAUGGAUCCCCAGCAGCCUCAGAAGAGUAAUUCGGAGGAAGAUGUGAAGAGGGAGGAGCUGGCCAGAGACAUCAUGGACAAGGAUAAGUCCCUGGUGGACAUCUUGGACCAGAGUAAGAUGAAGACCACCAUGGAUCUGAUGGGGGGGAUCUUCCCCCAGGGGGAGCAGAUCUUGGAUGGGGGGCACCAGAGGAGGAAAGUCUCCCCCAAACAGUGUUUGCCGCCCAGGGUCACGGAUGACAGGAGAGAGGAGGGGGGCAUGUCUGCUGCCACAGGGGCCCUGGUGACCAGCUCCACCUACUACAGUACAUCUGCCCCCAAGGCUGAGCUGCUCAACAAGAUGAAGGACAUGCAGGAAGAGGAGCUGGAGGAAGACUCCGAGGACGAACUGGACAUCGACCUGGCCAGCAAGAAGCAAGAGCUGAUUGACAGCCUGGGUAAGAAGCUGCAGGUGCUGCGCGAGGCCAGGGAGAACCUUCAGGAGGACCUCCACGAUAACAACUCUCUGGGGGACGAGGUGGAGGCCGUGGUGCAGAGGGUCUGCAAGCCCAACGAGCUGGACAAGUUCAGGAUGUUCGUGGGAGAUCUGGACAAGGUGGUCAGUUUGCUGCUCUCCCUGUCCGGCCGACUGGCCAGGGUGGAGAACGCGCUCAACAGUCUGGAGGAAGACACCACACCGGAAGAGAAGCGCACCCUGUCAGAGAAGAGGAAGCUGUUGAUCAGACAACACGAAGACGCCAAAGAGCUCAAGGAGAACCUUGACCGGCGGGAGCGCCUGGUUUACAGCAUCAUGGCUGCUCACCUCAGCCACGAGAGCCUGGCAGACUACCAGCACUUUGUCAAGAUGAAGUCAGCCCUCAUCAUCGAGCAGCGCAAGCUGGAUGACAAGAUCAAACUGGGAGAGGAGCAGCUGAAAUGUCUGCUGGAUAGUUUAUUGUUGGAGCAGAGGCUGCUGUUCUGACGAUUGCUAAUGCAAUCCGAGAUCCUUGGGACGUCCAUACCUUAACCCCUACCCUAACCUUAACCCCUACCUUAACCUUUCAACUUCAAUAGGGUGACUUCAGAGUUGGGAUGUCCCAGGGGUCUCAUUUAGUCUAUUCCUUCUGACAAUGGCCACACAGGUGAUGUGGUGUACUGACACAGACUGGCCACUAGAGGGCCUCAGGUGCUGUUGGACUUGGAUAUGAUGGAGGAUUCUCUGUGUGCUUUGUGGUCGUUGACUGACUGACUUGAAGCCUGUUACAUUUCAGUUCCACAGUACAGACAGGAGCUGUUUUUCUGUGCUGAAGAAACACCCCGUUUCUGGAUUUAAAGUAGCUCCUUCGAGAAAAUUCAUUAAGAUCGAUGAAACGUGCUUUGCUAAACGUGUUUGAUUCAGGGAUGUUGAUGAGGCCUAUGCUCUCAAAUGAUUCUCAAGACGAGGCGGAGCGUCUGUUUUUAUAUAAUGUGUGUUUGAAAGAUGAUUUUAGUAAUUUAUUGUAGCCUUUUAAAUAUUUACAGAUGACUUGACAUUUCAGGUAAACUCACCUAUAAACCUACGUUGUAGUUAAUGACAAUACAAAUGAUAUAUUCUUAUUGUGAAGUAUAGGUUUUAUCAUUAGAUCAUUAAUAGGGUUUUUCCUCAAUGGGACAGUGUUGGUUUGGUUGAGAAGUCUAAAGUUGUUUUCAUAUUUGCCCAAACAGUACUUGUCUUUCAUCAUAUUACACACACCACUAAUAGCUACAGCACAGAUACGUACGUUUUCAACCAAUCUUGUUCUCAGGCCCCACUUCCCGUACAAUAGUAUGGUAUUCCUUGACAAUGUUUAUUUCUUACUCAUGUGCUGGGAUUGAUGGGUUACUGGUCUUUUUUUAAUUCCAAAAGUAUAAAAAGGUAAUUAAAGGUUUGAAAUCAGUUCUGGGCAGCAGGUAACCUGGUUAUAGAGGUGAGCCAGGAACCAACCUGACGUUGUGCCUGGGCGUCUGCCACUGUGAACACUAAAGGAUUUGUAUGUCCAUGCUUUGUAUAACCAUACAUACAUUGUACUCUCACAUCAAUUUGAAGACAAUAAACAGUAUGACUGAA